AGCACUGUUGCCACGCCCCUUAACAGGUCGAGGAGGAAGCCAUGCGGAACCUGCCGAAACAACUUCGUCAGCAUUAAAGGAUUCAUAUACAGGAAUCCCGACUUAAAAUCCACGCAUCAUCAGCCUGUGUUUGAAGCAUUUUCUAGCUGUCUCAUUGAGCCAAGCUGGUAUAAGUAUGGCUGAAAAAGGUGUCACGAAACACCGUCCACAAAAGGAUUGUGAUUGAACAUGAGCAACCAAUAUAUGAGCACUUGAUCGACAACCCCCGACAUAAAAGUUUUCAGCGGGACGAUCUCUUUAAAGUUAUUAGCGUGAAGUACUUGGCAGCUUUGCGGAAAGGUCACAGCCCAACCUACGCCAAGAUAUGUACAAGUACAUGUAUAUAGUUUUAUAUAGACCCGAACACCCUUUGUGUGAUAAAUCUGCGCAGUGAAACAUUUCGACUGUUUGUGACGGGAUUGUGAGGGUGCGCCAUCUUUUUUCCGCCUUGAAGUUUGGAUGUCUCACUUUGGAUUCUGAGGGUAUCGAUACUGGACUUUCUGAUAUUUCUGUUGGAUUUUUCGUGUUGUAUUCUAAAGUGUGAGAAGUGUUUAUUAUUUUGCCUUAACGGGAACCAACUUACAGAAGUGCAAGGAUGGCGGCUUGGAACAGUGUGAGCGUGUUAAGUUUCGUCGCUGUUGUGGCAAUCUCCCAGGUUCUUGCACAAUCGGCAACUAGUCCUUCCUUCGCCGUAACACCAUCCAAAACAGAUGGCGUUAUCGGAUACUCGGUCACCAUUUACUGCACUGUCGCCAACUUGGGGAGGCACCAGGUGUUCUGGAACGUUAACCAGAGAGCUGACCAGAACCAAACAGGUGAGGAGUUUACGCUUGGCCCAAACACCAACCAGCAUGCCUCCUACCCGCGCUUCCAGUUCGAAGGCGACAAGGCAAGCGGCGAAUUUCACCUGCAGAUCUCGAACGUGAGCUACAGCGAUGCCGGGACCUACAUCUGUCUGAUUCGUGAUCCACUCGACGAGGGUAUCCCGGUCAUGGAAGCCCAAGCGGAGUUAAAUGUCGGUAACACGCCGAUGUCUCCUGGCUCCCUAACCUGCAGUGGAAUCCCCUCGAAUGCACCUAACCAACAAUGCGCGUACAUGAAGGGCGACCUCUUAACGCUAACUUGUACCUCUGAAGGAGGCGUACCUCUUCCCGAACUUUCAUGGGUUAGAGUCAACGGGGACGAUUCAGUCACUAAUCUGAAGGGUACGACCACUGUUAGCGGUGACAUAAAAACGACCACUGCUAAAAUCACGCUUUCUAGCAGGGACAAUCAGGCGUACUACAAGUGCAUCGAAGCUCACCCCAAUCUGACCAAUGACAGACAAUGUUUCAUGCCCUCUAACAUUGUCUUCCCAAGAGAUCGCAUGAAUGUUUGUUUCGCACCGGAGAUUGACAUCAUACCGAAGACGAUCACCGUAGAAGCUCUAGGGACCAAAAAGGUGACUCUCAGCUGCACAGCCAACGCCAAUCCUCCGCUGAGCAAAACACAAGAGAUCAUCCUGCCGGUGAACAAAAGUGGAAACUAUCCCAAUGGUGAAUUUGAUAAGACGUUAGUCGAGGUUGAGAUGACGACCGACGACGCUGGCAAGGACUUCUACUGCCAAGCGACAAACGCAUUAAGUGUAAGCACAGAGAGGUUUGAGGUCAUACAGGGGAGGAUUCCAACAUGGCUAAUACUCAUCAUCAUCGGAGCGAUAGCAAUAGUCCUCUUCUUGUUCAUCGUUUUGGUAGCCUGCAUCUGCUGCAUUGACAGAUCAAAUCAGGAGGAGCAGGAAGGCGACAAGAAAGACCCAAGCCUUCUGGUGAUGACCCCCAGGAGGUCCAAGCGGAAGUCCCUUCGGCACGAGGGGGAGGAUGAGUUCUUGGACGACGGUAUGGUCCCGAUCGACAACUUCCAGGGUGGGCAGGAAAUGACCUCGGACGAGUUCAAGGCGGAGGGGCCAGAGGAGAUAGUCAACUCAGACUUCGAGACAGGAGAGACCGGUCCCAGAUACCAGAACGUCAACGAGGUGAUGCAGGAAGUACACAGCCCGCCAGAGCAAACCCCGGAAGAUCAAACCCUAGCUUACUAUAAUCCUGAAGCCAUAAUCGACGACGAGGCUAUCCGGGUAAAAAUGGCUUCUCGGUGUAAUGUGACGAUUGGCCUUGUCGCUGUCGCUCUAUUGACAAUGACAGGUGUCGUGUCGCAGACUAUCCCAGGGACGACAAUCUCUGUGCGACCGAGCAACACAGUGGCAGCUCAGGGUCACACGGCCAUCUUGUACUGUACUAUCUCCAACCUGGGCCGCCACCAGGUAUUUUGGAACAUCAACCAGCGCACGGACGUGAACACCGCGGGGAAAGAAUUCACCAUCGGACCCAAUGUCAACUCGCACGACAGUUACCCACGCUUCCAGUUCCAAGGAGACCCCAGCCAGGGUGAGUUUAACCUCCGCAUCACCAAUGUCAGGGCAGAGGAUGCAGGGACUUACAUCUGUCUUGUGAGCGAUCCCAAUAAUCCUACAUCCGCGGCAAUGGAGGCUGGUGCCCAGCUAACUGUUAUCGAUUCACCACAGCCACCUGUCGAUGGUUACCCCCAGUGCACAGGGGCACCAGACGGCAACCCGGUGGGGCAUUACAACCAGGGCGUCGUCUUAACCUUAACCUGUGUUACUAGAGGAGGAGUUCCCCCGCCACAGCUCUCAUGGGAAAGGGUAAGAGACGAAAAUGUCACUCAGACUUUGCCGAUCAGAACAGUCGGUAAUAACGAUGUUAUUACCGCCACUGCCAUGGUCACAUUGUCGAGUGUCGACCAUCGGUCGUAUUACCGGUGUGUCGAAACCCAUCCCAGCAGCGUUGCCAAACGAUCAUGCAGGGAACCGAUGGCUGCGUCCGGCCCUCAACCUACCUUAGAGGUCAGCUUCAAACCGGUGGUCCGCAUCACCCCCAGUGUGGUCAAUGUCCAAUUCCUGGAGACUGUUGCUGUCGAACUGAAGUGUCAGGCUUAUGCUAACCCUACUUUGGACGGCAGGCCAGAGAUCAUUCUUCCAGAAAACAAGACUGGUAACUUGAUUCUCGACGAUGAUCAGACGAAGACAGCAGUGAGGGUCGAGCUGACGACAGACGAUGUCGGCAAAGAUUUCUUCUGUCGUGCAUCUAACCGGUUAGGCGUUGUCGAUGCUGUCGUGGAAAUCAAGCGACUAGGAGAGCUUCCAACGUGGCUGAUACUCGUCGUCAUUGGCGCCAUUGCCGGUGUCCUCUUCAUCUUCAUCGUUGUCGUCGCCUGCAUCUGCUGCGUCGACAGAUCCGGGCAGGAAGACGAGGGGCGGAAGGAUCGACUGCGAUAUUCCGUGAACAAAUCCCGACCAACCUCCAUGCAGCGUGACGGGGACGAGGAUGAAGAUUACAUCGGCGACUUCGAAGAGGAGAUGGCCCCCAUCGAAGACUUCCAAGGAGGGCAAGAAUCGGCCGCCGUAGAGGACAGCCCCAAGGAACCGAGUACCAGCAACGACUUUGAGACAGGGGAGAAGGGCCCGAGGUACCAGAACGUCAACGAGGCGUUCCAAAGUGACAGUUAUUCGUUCUCUCAGUCCAAUCCCUCGUCUACGGAGCCUAUAAUUGACCCCAACUCCGAAUAGAUACCCUGAGAUGGAAUACCCGCCAAACACAUUGGCUUCGAAUAAAGUAAUGAGCAAUGCUUACUCAUACAACAACUGUCAAAUAGUUAGAUUAUCAAACAACCCACAAAUUCACUUUUUACAAAAUAUCAAAUAACAGUGACGGCAAGGAGCAUGAAACGGGAGAGAAGACAAAAAGAUGUCAUACAUGUAAACUUGACUAUUUAGAAAUCAUGUUUUUAAUGCAGAGUCAUCAAAAGUGCAUCCAUACAGAAAGAAAAUUUAUAUUCCAUUAACGCACAAGUUAAUUGUCGCAAGCUAUGCACAGAUAAGCGAAACAAGAUUACCUGCGGUAAUUUCCAAUACCUAUAGAAAAAUGCAAACAAGCCAUAAAAAACAGGUCAAUUCCAUCAAGGUAUCCAGCAUUCAGGGCCCCACGUCCAAGCAUGUCACAAGACAAAGGACGCUGGCUUCUGUAUGCAUUCGGAGGAUAGGGUCCAUGUCUUGAAGAAGUAAGACCAAACCUAGGGGGACUGUACAGUGCGUGUAUGGCCGUGACGUCAUCGUUUCAAACAUGGCGGUAGGCUUAGCUUGAACGUUGUGGGCGCAUGUACUUCUUCCCUGGGGCACACAGUCUUACUAUUCAACAUGAUGCGAAUGGUUAUAGGUGCUCUAACAAAGAUCGAGGUUGCAAACUUUCCACUUAUGUCAAUUUGUUUUCCAAGCAAAGAGGUUUUUCAGUGAUGUACGAAAGUAAUAUUUUUUUUCGGAAAUUUCAUUUAUUAUCGUGAUUAGUUACAGAUGUACAGGUUUUUGCGUGUUAGUGACAAUGGCAAGUCGCCACUCGGGUAGAAACAAUGGCAUUUAGUGCGUGAAUGUCUGUUGCAGUGCUAUAUGAUCAUCCUGUAUAGUCCACGAAUGUGGAAAGCUAUACGACCGGUUAGAAAUUAUCGAACCAAGCUCACUGACAUUUCUUUGAAAUCAGAAGCAAAUACAUGUAUCAAUAAAAGUGUUCUUGCAGAAAAAAUUACCGAAUGUCGUUGCUGAAGGCAAUACAACCAUAGCUUGUAAUACUUUUACUCAACAUCACUGCUGUGACUGUAAUGACUACCUGUAGAUGUUACUUAGAUGCCAAUUACACGAUCACAAUUUCACAUGACCUGUAUAUGUGUGUUAUGAAAUGACUAAUGAUGUUUUGCUAUAAUGAUUUAGUUGGGAUACAUGUAUAUGCACAUAUAUGAAAAAGUAGAUAUAAAAACCUAUAAUGUUAUGGCCUUUUUAAAAGUUUAAUGAAGUACUUUAUGAAAUAAUAAGAUAUUGAGCAAUAUUUUAUGCAAAAAUUAACAUUUGAAACAUGCAGAAUCACCGAACCAACCUUACUGUCUAAUCACGUGACAAACUGCUGAUGGUUAAAGGAACUGUGUGGUGCUUGGCAAAUUCGACCUUCCAAUUAAUAGCUAAAAAAUGAAUGAUAUUCUAUCAUGCGUUAGAAACCCUGUUUGUCGUAAUAUUUUAUUUCUUACAGUGAAUUACAAUCCAUGGAGAAAGUUCCUAAUUUUGCCUUAGUCUAAAGUCUAAUUAUAACUACCUAUGCAGAGUUGACUAUUUUUAUGAAUGCAAAUCAUGACAAUUUGUAUAUAAAAGAAUACUGUCAAAACUUAUCUGAGAAUAUUUUUAGUCGUCAAACGUCUGUUCAUAAGUUUCGAAGUGCUAUUAUUGUCCACACUUAUUAAAAGGGUUUAGCUCAUUUUUUCAAAUUGAAAAAAAGACAAUCAACUUCGAAAUGCAGCCUGAAGGACUGAGAAAACGUUUGCUUACUUAGAAAAGAAAGAAAUUACACAAAACUUACUGAUAUCACAGAAAUAGAAAGGCAUUAUGCAAUGAUUGAGAAAUGUGCUUUAUUUUCAGAAAAAAAUUAAGUACAUGUACUGUAAUUUUUUGUUCCAAUUGUGCACUUUAGUCUUUUAGAUUUCAAGUCAAAUGUCAGCUAGGUGUAUAUACAAGCAAAGUGCAUUUUCUUGGUUUGCAAUGCAUUUUAUAAUUGCUUCAAAAUGCUACGUCGAAACAAACAUCUCUUACGGAUCUGAGGUAAUUUUGUUGAAAUUUUUUUUAAUCAAAAUCAAGGUAAAAGCUGCUUUAAAGGUUUGUAAACAAUUAUUAAACGCUUUAAUAAAAGUUCUUUAAUGCCAAA